GUAUUGACAGUUCCAGUUCGUCUGCUGGAUGGUGUAGGAACUAGUUAGUUACAUUACAAUAAAGAGUUUUUAUAGUUAAUACAACAAAAUUGAAUAUCCUGGUUCAGUUUCCAAGUAUUUGUGCCGUUGUGUUCAACUUAUGUUUUAUUCCACCAUGAUAAUGGUUUAUCACUACAAUUAUUUUAUGCUAAAAACUGAAAUGUAUGCAACGAUUUAACACUCUGGGUUGUGGGUCCAUAUUUUUAGGUCGUUAUACAAAUUUAUUUUUAAAGAGUAGUAAAUUACAAGAAAUGGAUUUAGAUCGACCUGUUUCUCGUAGUGGUUCUAAUGAACAACGCCCAGUAACGAGAUGGAGGAGGGAAGAAAGGCCUCCCUCUAGGAGUGGGCCUACAGAAGAUUCAUCAAGAUUUGCUGGAGAUGACCGUCCUAUAUCUAGAAGAGGAGUAAAACCAGAAAUGAACUUUCCAAAUGAACGGCCACUAACACAAAGGAACGUUUUGAUGCGUCCACCAUCAGCUUCAGCAUUCAACAGCCGCCUGACAGGAACUUCCUCUAGGCUUUCUUCGGCUCUCCUGGCCUCUCCCCACACAGGAAUGGGUAUACUCCCUGCUCAGUCCAGUGUGCGAGAGCGGGACCGUCUGGUUUCACAACAAGGUCUGAGUGGGUUACGUACUGGCACUGCAAGAGGCCCUAUCGCUCGUCAGGUACAAGACAAGCGUUACUUUGAGUCCUUACUGCAGCUCAAGACUAGGGAACUUGCCAAUGAGGUGACUCGACUACGCAGACAGAUAGAGAGUGACUCACGUGACCAGGCCACCUACCUUGUGUAUGACAAACGCGUCAAGGAGAUGGCUGCUGAGUUGACCGAGCUUCAAGGGCGACUGUCAGACUAUAACUUAAUGGUGGAUAAGGUCAACACAGGAACGGAGAGAGCAGAGAUCAUGGCAGAAAGCAGAGAGUUGGCAGCAGUUAACCAAGCAGAAGCCAGUGUCCUUGAGACAAUAUUCACAGACAGAACACGUAGGCAGGCACAAGUUAGCCAAUUGGAACAUGAAAUACAGCAGGAGAGACAGACUGCAGAAAAGCUGGUGGCCAGUAUGAGUGGAGAGAUGCUGGAGCAGUACCAGAGUUUGAGACAGAACAAUGAGAGACUCACUCACCAGAUGGAGUUGCUGCAGGGACAACUUGAUGCUCUUACAGCAUCACGCUCAGGGCUUCAGGACCAGAUCUGUCUAUCUUCAGUGAAACAGGAAGCAGUAAGGCUGUAUUCAACGCUGGCAGAGCUGCAGGUACGACGUGACACUCUGUUGGCUGAGGAGCAGAGCCGAAUCAGUCCAGCCGAGGAAAGAGAGAGGCUGCUGACUCGUGUGAGACAAGACAACGGGGAGAUAGCCAGUAUGGAACGGGCCAGCACUGAACUGCGAGAGCACAUACGACAGGCUCAGCUCAACUUGCAGCAAGUCAAUGAGGAACUUAGUGAGUCCCAAACGGAGAGACACUCUAAGUACCUGGAACUACGCAAGCGUGAGGAGACUAUGGAAGAAUUUUUAGCAUCGUGGGAGGCCAACAAAGAGGCAGAGGCUGCUAGACUGGGUGCGUUGGAGGCGGAGGUGGUAGCGACCCUGGGAGCUAUCAGUCGACGGUUGGCAGCACUGCCGAGCCCUGCAGACUACCUUGCGUUGGAGCAGGACCUGGCCAGUGGCAACAAGACACUGGACACACUCACAGCCGACCAUGCCCAAUUGGCCCUUUACCUCAACAAGGUGGAAGUGAUGGAGACUAAAGUCAAGUCAGAGCUUGCUGCUCUCACAGAGAAUCUGCAGCGUAUGCAAGAUGAGAUGGUGCGACUCUCAGACCUGGAGGGACUUAGGUCUCGUGCGGAGACUCGUAGACUUGAACUAAACAAUGAGCGAGAUUCAUUGUUGGAGACGAGGGAUACUGUCAUACAAGCUUUGCAAGCUGCUAGGGACAAGCAAGCUCUACUUGAGAAACAACUGGCUGAGAAUGAGACACACGCUCAGCUGAGUAAUCUUGAGCGCAAACUCGCUACGCUAGAGCAAAACAACUUCUCACUACGUGAGUAUGUUGCAAGCCGAGCGGCAGAAUCAGACUACGAGUCAGUGCGGAGUGACACGCUUAGCCUAGUACGGGGAUUAAAUCUUUCGUUACGUGAGACAUACCAGAGACACACUUGAACCUUUUUCCUGAUUCUGAUCUAACAAACAAACUUUUAUUGAUAUUUGUGGACUUAUCUACAGAUUAUAAUGAUGAUAUUAUUUUCUUUUCAGUACAACUACUAGACAUCUAAAACCUUUUUUAACUGUUUUAAAUGUUUUUGAUCAAUUUUAGUGUAGGUUUCAGGUUUAGUAUAAUAAUUAUUACUGGUAAUGCUAUUGUCGUAAUUAUUUAGGUCAUUACUUUUGAAUCUGUAUACAAAAUAUCAUUUUAACUGUACUAAGUUUACACAAGAAAUAAUCUGAUAUUUUGAAAAAUACCAAGAUGAUAUGGAGAUGAAAGUUCCAUGUUUUUACACUACAACAUGUAAUAAUAAGUCCUCUAAGUUGAAUAUCCAAUCAAAUGCAACUAUUGAGAAUUAACUAUUAUGGACCCAAAAUUUAAGAUUCUAAAAUGUUCCCAUUCUAUUGUAAAAUAUUCAUUGCUCAAAUAAGUGAAAAUUUCACUUUGUCCUGUUUACAUAUAACAGGCCUUUCAUUAGGCUGCCUCUAAUUGUUUAUAGACAAAUUAAUAGGCAGAAAUAGUUUAAAUACACUCUCUAAAAUCGUAUAUGAGGGAAAUGUUAUUAAAUAUUAUUUUUAAAUCCCAAAUCUUUUAUGCUUAAGGCCACUAUUUGAAAUGUCUGGUUAAUAUUUUCUGUUUCAAAAAAUUUUAAUCCUCUUCCAGCCAAAUUACCACACGAGCUGAAUUAAUUUGCUCUGCACUAGAGAAUACAUAUUUGCUUUGCAUAGCUUUAACAAGUCCAUUUGAACAAAACUAUUACACAUCAAUAUAAAACAUAUCUCUAUGAUUAGGUUAAAAUUAAAUUUCUACAACUCUAUUAUGGUUAUGAUCAUGUAAAUAACAUUUCAGGCAGUGACUUGGACCUGCCAUCUUAACUCUUUUAAUGGCCACUUUUCUGGGGAGAUGUGUAAAAAACCCAUGUUUUUAAUUUGUUGUCAGUCGCAAAAAGGCCAAGGUAUUUUUCAGCCUUAAAAUAAAUUAAAAACUCAAAUCUAUUUUUUAUUAUAAGUUAAUGUAUUUAACAUUUACCUCUCUGUUAUAAAGUAGAGUUUGAUGUAAAAAAAUAAACUAAAUUAGUGUAUUAGCAAAAUUAAAUAAAUCUGGUGUUCCCAAAUUUUAUAGUACCGUAGUGAAAUAAUGACUGUUUAUAUGAAAGUUACAUUAUGUGUGGAUUAUAAACUAUUAGAAAUCACAUAUUUUCAUCAAAAGUGAAUGUAUUUCACACCUAUUUCAUACUAAAAAGUAAACCUUAAGGUAAAAUUUAUUACUUUUUACAUUAUAAUGCUUUAAAAAAUUUUUUAAAUACAUAGCGGGAAUAAAAUAAAACUUUUAAAAUUUCAUAUAUUUAUAAUAUACAGUAUAUUGAACAUUGCUUUAUAUCAUGUUUGCGUACAUAAUAAUAAACUAUAUUAUAUAUAAGCAAAAUGAGACAAAUUAGCAGCUAUGUUAUUAGCUAAUAGCAGUUACUUAGAGGUUGAAAAAUUCCCAAGCAGUAAAGUCAUAGUUUUUAUGUUUUGUGGUUUUUGUUUCACUACAAACAAAGAUCUUGAGUUUCUUAAUAAUUUUAUAAUAAUAACCCAGUAAUAAAAUAAAUGUUGACAAUUGUCUAUUACAGCUGUUGGCUAUGAACAUUAAAUUUACAGUGGAGUCUAUUACAGCCUUAAAAGGGUUCAUUUUACCUAACAAAUAAAAUAGCAAUCAAUCUAUGAAAACACCUUGUACAGUAAGUCUAAUGUGAACUACAGGAAAUUUAAAAUAAUUUACAUUAUACAACAACACAAGACAAGUUUUGUGUAAAAGAAAUAUUUUUCUUUCAAUGGAAUAAGAUGAAAAUUCAGUUCAGAAGAAACAUUACUGCCAAUAGAUAUAUAUAAGUAUGAAAACCCAUACCAUGGUGACGGUAGCUCUAAGCAAUGAGCUUUGUUACAGAACAUAAUGAUCUGUCUUAAGCGACAGACCUCAUGGUGCUCGGCUGAGAGGAGGUUAAAAUUAUACACAAUGGCCUAUGGUUACUUUUGAGAUUAUUAAUAUUCAAAAUCUGUGACACUUGGAUAUACUAUAUUUUUAAACACUGUAUUUGUUGCAAAAUAUUGUUGCUUCGUCCCUCAUUAAUGAUUUAAGAGGGUAUUAGUUUCUUUUAAAAAAAACCAUUUUUCUAAUAGUUAUAAACAAUUUGUGAGUGUUUGACACACCAAGUAUACACAUCAUAUAAAAUAGUGCCUAAUUCAUCCCAUUAUGUUAACAGACUGGUGUGUUCUAAGUGUAUAAAAAUUUAUAUUGUUACAAACAAAAUAAUUCACCAGUUUUUUACUCCAGAAUAUACUUUAUUAAAAAAAUGGAUUUUGAUAAAAGUGAUACAAGACAAUUUAACAUUUUUAUAAACAUAUCGUAGGAGUACAUAAAAUAUUUUUCCAUCCCAUUGAUUUUUGUACAAUUUUUAAACAAAGAAUAUUUGAAGAAAGUGAAAUUAUGCAUUUACAGAUAUGCAAAAGAAUAGUAUUUUUCUUCUAAAUUUAUAAACUAUUGCUAAAAUAAAAUUCAAAGUGUUCAUAAUUGACAAUUGACGAUUUGAAAGGUCAAACAGAUUAGUCAUUUGAUAUUAUAGUUGUGUUUUAAGAUAAGAGGCUAGAAGAAAAAUAGUUUAGCAUUGCAGGCCUGAAAAGAAAGGAAACGAAGCCAACAUGACAUUGUAAAGAGAAUGUUUUUUAAUUGCAAACUAAUAUUUUCGUAAAACUAGCAAAUAAUUAUUGAGUCUAACUUACUCUUACUUACUUACUCCUGUGGCCACUCGAAACCCAGAUGAUUUUUGACCUCGCCAACAAUGUCUCUCCAACUUCCUCUAUCUUGAGCCACUUCCAGUGUAGCGCCAAUCGUUCCUAAAUCCUUCUCCACCUGAU